AUGAACCAGUUGAUGGCCAAAUCGGCCGGUUUUGGCAUUGGCAGCCAGGUCACUCCGGAGACCAUGGGCAUCUGGGUUUGGGGAAGACCACUCAAAAUCGAGCACCCCAAUGGGCCCUCGCAGUGGGUGCUGCUGCUAGACACGGAGGGCUUUGCCGCAACGAACGUCUCCGAGAACUACGACGCCAAAAUCUUCGCCGUCGCAACGUUGCUCAGCGGCCAGCUGCUGUACAACUCGGUGAAGAUCAUCGACCAGUCGGACAUUGACUACCUGGAGCUGCUUGCCCGGCGGACGCAGCUGUUUGCCCUCAAGGCGCAGAUGUCCUCUUCAAGCAGUGAUAAUGGUAAUCAGAAUGAGGAAACCACCACCACCAACAACGACAAAGAUACUACCGUCGAAAACUGGACCGAAGACUUCAGUCCUCAACUGCUGAACUUUCCGUCGCUCAUUUGGGUCAUCCAAGACUUUGUGCAAGAGACCGGCGGCGAGCACUGCCGCGACUGGCUCCUCCGAUUGCUAACUGACACUCACGCCCGUGAGGCGGACUCCUACUCCAUCUCCCUGAAGGACAUCUUCCCCUCGGUGGACUGCCACACGUUGUUUAUUCCUGCUUCCCGCAAGGCUCACCUCGCCGACCUCUCCCGUGCGACGGAGGCCGAUCUGACGCCCGAGUACAGAUUGGAGCGUGACGCCCUGGUGGAGAAGGUCAAACGGAGGGUGGCGCCCAAACGGCGGAACGACGGCAAGGCCUACACCGGCGUUGAGCUGGCGGCGUUGCUGCGCGUCCUUGUGACGGCCGCCAACGCCGGCUCUCUGACAGAGAUACCCAAUCGUUGGGACGCCUUUCUCGAGCAGCUUCAGAAAUCCGCCGUUGAGGACUGCUACAAAUUCUACCAAGCCCACCUGAACGGCCUCUUUGAAUCGGCAAGUGGUGGUGGUGGUGGUGGUAGUGGUGGCAAUCGUGGCCAGGCAAACUCCGCUGAACAUAAUGCUCAAACGAAAAGUUUCGUCGACGCCGUCAGCGAGCGCCGCCUCAGCGCCUGGUCGGCUGUCUCCAAGGAGAAAGCUCUCAGUCUGCUGGGGCACCUUCUUCAGGGCCUGCCCGAGCCACUGGAGCGCAGUCGUCCGGAGUUGACGGACCUCAUCGAACGCUACUACGCCGCCGCCGCCGAUCUCAAUCGCCAGAAGAUUCACCUUCGCCUCUUUAACGUGCAGAAGGCGCUGGAGCUGAAGGUGAUUGACGAGCUGGCGCUAGUCAGGCUGCCCGUUCUAAGCGCCCAGCUGGUAGAAAAAGCGGACAACCUGACGGAGGUCACCAUCGGCGAGUUCACCACCGCAAUCGGCGACCUCGUCGAGCCGGCCAAUCUGACCUCGUACACUGACGGGCUGCGACGGUCGGUUCGCCUCAAUCUCGACUCGACGCUCCUGCGCAACGGCCAGGCGCUGGAGGUCUUCUUUGAGAACAUCACUUCAACGCUGCUCAACUCAGAGGCCUUCAACGAGGUGCCCGGCCUGAAAAAUGUUGCCGCAGAAAACUCUGCGUUUCCACCGCCGCCUAGGAAAGCCUUUGAGGCGUCGUUGGAGGCCUCAAUCAGCCGCUCAGUGGCCGCCUUCACCCGCCGCGUGGAUCGUUUUGCCGAGGAGCGCGCUCUCUUUGAGGGAAAGCUGGCCAAGCUGAAGGUGGCUCUACAGGAGAGGGCUGAGGCGUUGAGGGCGGCCAACAGGCAGGCAGUUUCCGCGUACCUGGCCGGAGAGGCGGCCACCGUUCUGGCCGACUUUGACCGCCGCACGGCGACCACCGCCCGGCAGCAUUUUCCACUGGACACCGAGGAACUUCGGACGUUGUUGGAGGCGGAGGCGCGGGCCGCCCGGACCGUCUUCAGCGAGGACUACGCGCCCAAGUACGCCGACUACGGGGAGGUGUACGAGGCGGCGGUGUCGGAGCUGGACCGCGGCCUGGAGCUCAUCGGCGCCCGUCGACAGGAGGAGAACUUUCGCGCCUUUAAGGCGGAGGUGGAGACGCCGCUGCAGCUGGCCAAACGGUCCAUCCUUCUCUCUGGUGACAAGUACGCGACGCUCUUUAGCUUUAAGCGAUUCGUGAUCUCCUCGUGCAUGCUGCACCUUGACGAUGGCAAGGCGAAGCACUGGCCCGAGCGGCUGAAGCUGCAAAUUGUGCAGUCUUUCAUGAGAGAGGAUGAACAGCUAAGAAGCGAGGUGGAAAGUCGCACCGGCCUCUGGUCACGACUGCUCGGAUUUUUCCAGUGGCUGGCCUCGCUGGUUGGCUUCGCCUAA